AGUAUAAGUCCUGUGAUUUUUGAGCACAGGACAGCGGAGAGUGUAGUUUGACAAGAAAAACGCCAAAAAGGCAGAAAUAAACGAAAUUCAUAAAGAAGAAAAAAAUUAAUAUACAUACAUUUUAAAGGGAAUUUUCGUUUCGCUUGCUUUUGUUUAUUUUCUUUUCAUUAAGUUUUAAAAUUUAUUUUAAAAUAAUAAAGUGCUAAAAUAGUGAACUAAUUUAUAAUACAUCGUGAUACAAAUUUGAUAUUUUUAAACCUCUUUUACCCUUAAAUUUUUACAAACAAAUUGAAGGUUUGGCAAAUGUCAAACUUUCAUUUGACAACUAAAGCAUUUGACAUUUUGAAAAGUGGAGACUUUUUAGCAAAGCAGAUAUUUUAGUACUUGAAGGUAGUACUAAGUUUCCAUAGACGUCAUUGCCAUUAACGAGGGAGACACAUCCUUUCCCAACACAAUGGAACACACACUAAAAUAUAAAUAGAAAUAUAAUCAAAAAGAAGCAAAAACUAAAAGAUAAACAAACAAUCAGUAUAGAAUAGAGCAUCAAGAAAAAACAAAAAAAAAAUACACACACACAUUCAUGCACAGACGCACACUUUAUAUACAGAUUAUUUGUAGGUGUAUGCAUGUAAUAACAACACAAACUAUUUAUCUAUGCUCGUAUUUGUUUGUAAAUAAAGCCCGGCUAAAGCAAGGUCAAAAUCAUUAAAACAAAAUAAAUAAUAAACUUUUUAGUUAUCUGUAAAUUGUUAAGCGUUUGACAUUUAAAUACUCUUCACCCAUCAAUUAUUAAAUCAAACAACACAAUACCCGAAAACCAACAACAAACAAACAGCGAACACAACACACGUGACACAACUAGAAGUGACGUCACACGGGAAAUUUCAAAAUCCUUCAAAGCUAAUGAUGUCCAAUUGUGCAACACACACCAACAAUAAGAGAAACGUAAAAAACAAACAAUAAAUAAAAUCGUAUGAGAUAGAGUGCGUAAAUACAUGUGUGUACUUGCAUAUGUGUGUAAUUUAGCCAAAUGUCCGCCUUACACUACAAGUCGACACUUUGGUGUCAUUUAAAAUGGCUGUGUCUUCUGGUCGUCUUCAUACUACUGUGCGAAAGUGUCCAGGCAAAUCCCGACGCAAAACGAUUGUACGAUGAUUUACUCAGCAACUAUAAUCGGUUAAUACGACCCGUUAGCAACAAUACCGACACAGUUUUGGUAAAACUAGGUUUAAGAUUAUCACAACUUAUUGAUCUGAACCUAAAAGAUCAAAUUCUAACGACGAAUGUGUGGUUAGAACACGAGUGGCAGGAUCACAAAUUCAAAUGGGAUCCUUCGGAAUACGGUGGCGUAACAGAGCUGUAUGUGCCAUCAGAACACAUUUGGUUACCGGAUAUUGUAUUGUACAACAAUGCUGACGGUGAAUAUGUAGUGACAACAAUGACAAAGGCCAUUUUACACUACACUGGCAAAGUGGUAUGGACACCACCCGCCAUCUUUAAGUCAUCCUGUGAAAUCGAUGUGCGUUAUUUUCCCUUUGAUCAGCAAACCUGUUUUAUGAAAUUUGGUUCGUGGACCUAUGAUGGUGAUCAAAUUGAUUUGAAACAUAUUAAUCAGAAAAAUGACAAGGAUAAUAAAGUCGAAAUUGGUAUUGAUUUACGGGAAUAUUAUCCUAGUGUGGAAUGGGAUAUUUUGGGUGUACCAGCUGAGCGUCAUGAAAAAUAUUAUCCCUGUUGUGCUGAACCAUAUCCUGAUAUUUUCUUUAACAUUACAUUACGCCGUAAAACACUAUUUUAUACCGUCAACUUGAUCAUACCCACUGUUGGCAUUUCAUAUCUAUCGGUGUUGGUGUUCUAUUUACCAGCCGACUCGGGUGAAAAGAUUGCUUUGUGUAUUAGUAUUCUGCUCUCGCAAACAAUGUUCUUUUUACUUAUAUCCGAAAUUAUACCCUCCACAUCGUUAGCUCUGCCGCUUCUGGGUAAAUAUUUACUAUUCACCAUGUUGCUGGUAGGCCUGAGUGUUGUCAUUACGAUCAUCAUACUCAAUAUACACUAUCGUAAGCCCAGCACACAUAGAAUGGCGCCCUGGGUGAGAUCGUUCUUUAUAAAGCGGCUGCCAAAAUUGCUGCUGAUGAGAGUGCCCAAUGAUCUGCUAAGAGAUUUGGCGGCUAGUAAGGUCAAUUAUGGCAUGAACUUUAAUAAGACCAAAUUUGGCAAAGCUUUAAUGGAUGAAAUGAACAUUAAUUCAGGCAAUUCAAGUCCAGAUUCCAUACGACGUAUGCAGGGUCGUGUAGGCAAUGGUCUAAGCAGUGCCUCGGCUACAAAUCGAUUCAGUGGCAUGAUGGGUGUAUUAGGUGGUGGCCUUAGUACUCUAAGUGGCUAUAAUGGUUUGCCUUCGGUGCUGUCUGGCCUGGAUGAUUCAUUGAGCGAUGUGGCUCCACGUAAAAAAUAUCCAUUCGAGUUGGAAAAAGCCAUACACAACGUCAUGUUCAUACAAAAUCACAUGCAACGCCAGGACGAAUUUAAUGCUGAAGACCAAGAUUGGGGUUUUGUGGCCAUGGUUUUAGAUCGUUUAUUUUUGUGGAUUUUUGCCAUUGCUUCGUUAGUGGGCACUUUCAUGAUUUUGGGUGAGGCACCUUCCCUAUAUGAUGAUACCAAACCCAUUGAUGUGGAACUAUCUGUAAUUGCUCAGCAAAUUUACAAUCUAACUGAAAAGAAAUCCUAAAUGUUUUAAAUUUCAACAAACAACACAUAAAAUAAGAAAAAAAAUUAUAUAAAUUAUAAAAGCAACAACAACAACAAAUGGCAACCAAAUGUUAACAACAAAAUAUUUAUAAUUUUAAGUAAACCAAUACAAAAACACACUGACACACCAACACCACAACACAGUUUAGACACACUUCCAAAAACAACUUAAAUAUUAACUAACAAAAAAAACAACAAAAUUAAGAAAAUGCCAAUAAAAAAAU